GGCUUUUUUUUAAAAAGAUAAUUGUAUGGAUUGCGAGAAUUUGACUGCUACUUUCAGCAGGUCAAACGACUGCGCACUGACAAUCCCCAUUGGUUGUUGCCACAUUGCCAAGUUCGCUGCAGUUGUCGUUCUUUGAGGAAAAAACAAUUUCGUUUUGCGUAAAUCACUUCAAAAAUGGUCAAUCGAAAACAAAGACGAAUCACCGACGAAUUUAAGCAGAGAAAACCGCUUUUUAAGAAGAAAUCUAACGCGAAAAAGGAGAAAAGCAGUUCGCACGAUGUUCAACCUUCCACUUCCAAAGUUGAUGAAUUAAAAAUUUUGACUGAAUUUGAUGUAAACUGGAAAUAUGGUCCCAUGUGUGGUAUUACCCGUUUGGAACGAUGGGAAAGAGCUUCUAAAUUCUCCCUUGAUCCUCCACUGGAUGUGAAAAAUAUUAUUUUGAAACAUGGCACUGACACCAGCUUCAAUACGAGUUUAUGGGACCAAAACAACUUGUUGAAACCUGUGAUUUGAUCCAGUGCUGAAUAAAUUGAAAGCUUUUGUAUUUUUAUUUUCAUGAAGGCUCAGGCUUCAAGUUGUUGCAGCUAAUACUUUUCUGGUAUGGCUCUGCCUCACAGAAGCCCUUUUCUUAACCUAAACACAAACUUUUACAUUUCACAUUUACCAUUUCAUUCUACGUGCACCCCUGCAGCCCAGCA